CCAAAGUCAAAAACUCCCUACUUUGAACUUUUCACCCCUACAAUUGAGUAUUCUUCCCGGUGGUCUUAGCCACCGCCAAGUGUCCCCAUUAUCCAUGGCGACUCCGAUUCCUCCUCAUCUCAUUACAUAAGCAAAUGAGUUACAACUUAUGAGUACUCCACCACCUCCAUAGCCGCCCCUCCAUAGAAACCAUGUCUGUUCCGCCACCCACCAAAAUGGCUCAGCCCUUCCUCCACGAGUUCAAGAAACAGGCCUCUUUCUUCCUCAGAGAGAAGAUCAAGACCGCCCGGUUAGCCCUCACCGACGUCACUCCGGCUCAACUAUUGGCGGAGGAAGCUACGAGCGGCGGGCAGGGGUCGCCGGAUACUCGCACCCUGAAAAUGAUAUCGCGGGCGGCGUUUGAGAUCGACGAUUACUGGAGGAUCACGGAGAUCAUGCACAAAAGAUUGGCGAGGUUUGAUCGGAAGAACUGGCGAGUGUCGUACCAGGCUCUGAUUGUGUUGGAACACUUGAUGACUCAUGGCCCUGAGAGUGUGGCAAAGGAGUUUCAGAUUGCCCAAGAUGUUAUUGCAGAAAUGGGGAAUUUUCAAUUUAUUGAUGAGAGAGGAUUCAAUUGGGGGCUAAAUGUUAGGAAGAAAUCAGAGAGAGUAUUGCAGCUGCUGGAAAAUGAGAAGCUUCUGAAGGAGGAGAGAGACAAGGCCAGGAAGAUAACAAGAGGGAUUGAAGGGUUUGGAAGCUUCAGCCACAGAACCCAUGCAGGUGAAGGACUUAAAGAGGAAUCAACACCAGAACCAUACAGAAAGUGCAAUUCCCUGUUCAUUGAUGGUGAAAAACAAGAAGAUGACAGUAAAAGUGAGAGCCCAACAAUUUCCUGGAGUGGCUCUGAUGAUUCAAGCAUGCAUGGAAGUAGCAGUAGUGCUAGUACUCUAAACAGCUUCAAAGAAAACACGACUCCUGAAGAAGAAGAAAUCCAUGAAUGUUAUGGUAAAGGUGAACUUAACCCCCUGUUGAGUGGACAGAUUACUGAUUCAAGAACUGAUAAUUCCCAGGAAGAAGAUCACCCUUUCACCGAUGAGCCCCUCCCAACGGUCUCUCUUCUCUCAUCCUCAGAUCACAUCCUGCAAGCAUGUUGAGUUUUCGUUAGUGCUAAAAUCCAUGGAAGUGCUUGAUAAGCUCUCAAGCUGAGAGUGUAGUUUCAUUCCUUACCAGUACAAAAGAAACCGGUUUGUUGAAUACAUGAACACCAUUGAUAUUCUGUAAUGCACAAUACUCUAUCAUUAUAUUUUAUUGAUCAAAACCUGCAUCAACAGCUUGAGAG